AUGGAGUCAGGCAUCUCACAGGCUUUCCAGGAAGAGCUCACUUGCUCCAUAUGCUUGGGCUGCCUUUCAGACCCAAUCACCAUAAGCUGUGGACACAGCUUCUGUCGGGCCUGCCUCUGCCUUUUCUGGGAAGACCUGCAAGUUCCUGUCCACUGUCCCCCGUGUAGGCAUCCAUCCCAGCAGAAGGACUUCAGAACCAACGUUGUUCUGAAGAAGCUGGUGUCCAUUGCCAGACAGGACAGCCUCAUGAAGUACCUGAACUCUGAGGAGCACAAGUGUGUGACCCACAAGGAGGCAAAGAGGAUCUUCUGUGAGGAGAACAGGAUCCUCCUCUGUCAAUGGUGCUCUGACUCUCAAGAGCACAAGGGUCACAGACACUGUCCCAUUGAAGCAGCUGCUGAGAGGCAAAUGGACUACGUGUCUCUUCAGAAAGAAAUGAUCAGGUUAGAGUAUAGGAAACUACAGCCAGUCCUCUAUGAAGAAGAAAAGCAGCAUAUAGAGUGUAUGAGAAAUGAAGCCCAAUGUAUUUUAGAACAACUCAGGAAAAGUAAAGCUCUGAUGGUCCAAAAGAGGAACCAACUGAAAGAAAUGUAUCGGGAGCUGAUGACAAUGUCUCAGCAGUCAUAUAUGGUACUGCUCCAGGAUUUAGAAGACAUCUUCAAAAGAAGUGAGUCAGUGCAGCUGUGCAUGUCCCAGGUGAUGAAACCAGAGCUCAGUGUCCUGCCCAUCACUGGACUGAUUGAGAGGUGCAAGUGCUUCCUAGUGAACAUAUUCUUUGGAAAUGCAAUCUUACUCCAUAACAAGAUGAACCUAUUUGAUGUCAUGAAAAGAUUCACCUUUAGCUCUCACCAUCAGGAGACAUCUGUAGGAUCAGCUGGACACUAUUUUGCUUCCUGUGGAUCACAGAGCUUCUUCUCUAGGAAAUAUUACUGGGAGAUGGAUUUAAUGGACUCUCCUGACUGGGCUGUAGGAGUCUGUGAGGAUGAGUAUUUAACAAAUAGAAGGCAGCAGACUGAACCUGAGGGUGUGUUUCUCCAUGUGUGUGUGAAACAGGGCAAUCAGUACAGUCUCCUCACCACCUGCCCAGUAGUUCACCACUAUAUAGAGAAGCCAGUGGGCCGGGUUGGUGUGCUCCUUGAUUGUGAGGGUGGAUGUGUGAGUUUCCUGGAUGUAGCCAAGAGUUCCCUCAUGUUCAGUUACCCUCUGGGUGCCUUCAAUUACCCUGUCAGGCCUUUCUUCUCCUUUGGUGGCACAUUUUGA